CUCUCAGCAACGGUCACACCACCAAGAAAACCAUAAAAAAUUGCAAUAAAUAUGUGAUAUUUUUGCCAAUAAAAAAUGGAGGAAUCACCUUACCUGCACAGCCCCUACCAGGUGUCCAUCAUAGCCACCGACCUGCACCACGAGGACACCAUAAUCCAAGCAGCCCAGUCCCUGGACUGUCUACACAAAACCAUAAACUCGAUUUUCGAGCGAAUCGAUGCCCGCUUGGCGAGAAAUGGUUCAAAGGUUGAGGACAUAAACAAUCGUGUGAAGCGCGCCCAGGCAAAAAUCGAUGCGCUCGUUGGCUCCAAGCGGGCCAUCCAGAUCUUUGCACCCGCUCGCUUUCCGGCCAGCGACGUCCUGGCUCCGCUCCCAGCCACCUUUCCACAGGUGGUGUCAAAUCCGCUGAUGGAGGAGCAGGAUGAGCAACAGUCGCAGCGCCAAUACUGCAGCCACAGCAACACGGACCAGAAGCAGGAGGAUGCGGACAUCUUCUUCCAUGUGCGUGGCGAACGGGAGCACGAGUCGCCGCUGGUCGUCGAACGGAAGAUAACCAAUCGCACUGCGGGCCUGGGAGCCCUUCCCUUGGCCGGAAUUCGUUCCGUGCCUUCGCUGAUGCGCUUUAACACCAAUGAGUUCGCCUACGGCGAGGAUCUGAAUGCCUGGAAACGCUCUUUACCGCCGCAAAGUGCCCGCCGUGUUGCCAGUCAGUCCUCUCGGCCCACAACGGAGAAGCUGCUGGCUCCGGCUCCCCACUCUUUGGCUCAUGGUACAACGAAACUAGCCACGCCAGCCGGGGAUCUGCGCUACAAUCCUGCUGCCCUGGCUGCUCCCGCCAUCGAUGUGCCGAUGGAUCUACCCGAUCUUCCUGGUAUAGCCAAUGAUUUGCAGUAUGAGCCUGUGGAGGAGCAGACACCCAUUGCCCCUUCCCAGCAGUUUAAUGACCUGCCAGAGCUACCAGAUUUGGGUCUGGAAGAGCAGGAGAUCACGGUUCAAGCCAUCGCAGCACAGACGCACAUUCCAGGACCGGCGAGGAAGAUGGGUCUGGGACAGUGUCCAUCGCCAGUCACAACGGCACCGCCUCCUCCACCACCACCACCGCCGCCACCACCUCCGCCAGAGCAGUCGAAGAGGAUUCCAUCACCGCCACCCUUUCCCACCAAGGGAGCUGUGAAACCACUGUCUCCCUCACCAUCCACACCUCUUAAAAUGCCACCACCGCCUCCACCCACUGAAGAUCCACGAUCAGAGCUAAUGGCCGCCAUACGGAACGCGGGAGGAGUCCACGGCGGACGUCUUCGGUCGCAGGCGGCCGCUCCGCUCGAUGUGGUGGACAACACACGCUCCAAGGCGGGAUCCGCUGCCACGGGGGAUCUGAUGGCGGACCUGCACAAUAAGCUGAUGCUUCGGCGGAAGGGAAUCUCUGGUAGCCAGAAUCCCGGAGAGGCAACCGCUGGAAAUCCCCUGAUGCAGCAGCUCUCCCGGGUGAUUCCACCACCGGUGCAGCCCCGCAAGGGAUCUCAGUCCAGUGACGAUGCGCGCUCGGAGGACGAUGAAGACGGAUGGAACUAGUGGACGCAGGGAAAAUCGGAAUUCUCCUUGUUUAUGUAGCUUUAGCACCGGUUAAAGUGCCUUGGCUGGCUUUAAGCACUAGCUUCUCUAGCUUAAAUUAUACCAAUCUCUAGAACGAAUUCCAAAUUCUCUGCCCAAGCGAGCAUGCCAAAUUAUAUAGAUAAAAGUAAACCAGUUGAAUAAAAGUAACAACUAAAAUUA